UUUAAUCUGUUCAAAAAUCUUAUUGUUUAAUGUGACAGUAAUGUUUUCUACUCAGUCAUGAAUCUAGUGCCUAUUUUAAGUGAUCCACAACUACACUGAAUUGUUUUAUUUCUUUGUUUGGAGUUUUUUUUAAACAAUAGUAUACCAGGAAAGCCACCUAUGGUCCAGUAAGACACUGAAACUUUACGUGGAAAGCAGAGUCAUUUUGUUUUCAAUUAAGAAUCUUAGAUUCUGGGAAAAUAGAGUGUUAAUAGAAGAAUAUUCACAUUUGGUUGUAAUGUAUGAAUCCGGUUGGGCCUGACCUUUAACAGGUGAAAUUUGAAACGUUUCUUUCCUGUAGUGGUUUAUAAAUUAAUAAAUCAUUUCUAGUUGAACAUUUUCAUUACAAAUCAGUGUUUGAGUACUGGGCCUUUUUUUGUUUUUAGGCUAAGCUUUGAAUCUAGCAUACUCCAAUACGUUGCGAGAUCAAAGCUGCAAAUGUUGCUGCUUCAGCUGUGACCACCCAAGUAGGGAAGAGACAAUUCGACUGUCAUUUAGUAAUCAUUCCCUUAAUGUGACAACUUGUAAUAUUUAAAAUGUAAGCUUAACAUUACAAUUACAGUAGUCUGUGUCAAGCUCUUUGAUUUUGUUAAGCCUUAGAGCAAAAUUGUAAAGCACGGAUAGUUUGUUUUCAAAUUAAGAACCAGAAGAAAUAAAACAAUGGUGUAAUCAGAGAAGGCUUUGCAAUCGUUGGUUGUUGUGCCUCUGUGUGGGGCUAUACUUUCUCACAUGAACUGUUCAAUGCUCACGUUCAGAAAUGGCUCAAAAAAAAAUACAAAUCUUCUCAAAAACUUGAAAUAUACUUUCUGAUCAUACUUUCAGUUCGAAGAUUCUUCGCAGUGUACCCAUAUAUCAAUUUCAUGACAACAUUUGAAAUUAGUGUAAAUACAUCAAAAAACUGUUCAUGUUCAUCCUAUAUGUCACAUUUUAAUAAAAUGUCAUUCGUUAAUGCAGAAACUGGGAACUAAAAUAAAACGCAUUAUGACUGAUUUCUAGAUAUACACCAACAAAAAAAAAUUUUCCUGAGUGGAGUAUCUAUUUUCAGACUGUGUCUACUUUCAGCUCAACAAAAAAGUUCAAUCCAAUAGUUCUCCACUUGACUUAAAUCAUAAAACGUGACUAUUACAUAUAUUAAAAAAGAAAGAAAAUGUCAAAGAUAUUAGCUGUUAGCGGCCAUCAACUGAGUGAUAAUGUCAACUACUGAUGUACACAUUAUCGAUUAGGCUUUCCCAUUUUGUUGCGACGCACAACCUAGGAGAACCUUCAAGGGUACGUGGCAUUCAGUAACAUUAAAUCAAAGUUCAGCUGAACAGCCACAUUUACAAACUGUAACAGAAUUCCACUCAGGAAUUUAAACAUCACAAAUUAUCUAUUCAAUUGUUAAUCACUUUAUAGAAAGCAAAAUACGUACGUUAGGAAUUGAGGGAGAGGCUGAAAUAAAUUUCAAAAACUACAUCGUAUAUGUUACUGAAAAAUGACAUUGGAGUCAAGUAACAUCAAUUUUUUCCUCAUAGCUGAGGUCAUCAUUGAACUGUAAUUAUGAUUUAACACCAUUUAAACAAAAAAGGUUCAUCUUAUCUGGGUAAGUUUCGCGCUUUCAGUUGUCUUUUGCAGCGAGAGCCGUGCGUCGAAAUUUAAAUUUCAGCUCGAAAUACGGUAUUUGUCUAGUGACUGCAUCUGCCAAGAGACCUGGCUGUGGAGGGGGUGGAAGAGGAUCGCCCGACAGCAAGUUCCAGGUGGCAACCGCACACAGAAAGGUACCGUCCGUCAAGGUAGGACGUCGCAGCGAGUGCAAAACUCGCGGCCGCUUUCGAAUAAAACAUCAGUUGUUGUCAUCGCCGCCGCCGCUUCCCACCCCUAACCGGGUAGGCUGCAUACGAGCUGCACGUGACGGAGGCGCGUCUGGAUCACUGCCUGCAUCUCACUGCCCUGCCCCCAUCCCCCCAAUCAAUCGGAGUGCCGCCGCUGGGAGAGCAGCAUUGAUCGCGCGCUGUUGAGGUACGGUCUGAGUAAGCUCGAGCGCUCUCCCCCACGUCACGCGGCGAGGGUCGAGAACCUUCCAGCAGGUGAGGAGCCGACUCCCGGGCUCCUUAUGUCCCGCAAAGACAGCGACGCUGAGUACAGUUUAAGGGACCUGAGCGGGGAGCGGUGGAUCAGGCCGGACGGGCGACCUCUAAUCAAACCGGCCGGUGGCGGUAACAGCAACAAUAACAACCACCACUCGCGGUUGAUGGCCAUGGCAACCGGCGCCGAGGGAAAUCUGGUCGCCCACAGGCACUUCCAAGGAGGUGGUGGCGGCAGCAGCAGGAACAACAAUCCCCGCUUCGUCUACGUCUUGGCUACGUUCGCGGCCUUAGGCGGCUUCCUGUUCGGCUACGAUACCGGCGUCGUGUCGGGCGCCCUGCUACUACUCAAGAAGGAGUUCGCCCUCAACGAGCUGUGGCAGGAGCUGGUGGUAUCGGCCACGGUGGGAGCAGCAGCCAUUUCGGCGCUGGCUGGAGGCCUCCUCAACGGCUGUUGGGGCCGAAGACCCUGUAUCCUGCUGGCCAGCCUCCUCUUCACGUUAGGGGCGGUGGUGAUGACGGCUGGGAGCGACCGUAACGCCUUGUUGGCCGGACGCGUCGUAGUGGGAUUAGGCAUCGGACUGGCUUCCAUGACCGUGACGGUAUACAUUGCAGAGGCUGCACCUUCCCAUCUCAGAGGACGAUUAGUUACUGUCAAUACCCUUUUCAUUACUGGAGGACAAUUUUUUGCAAGUGUCAUUGAUGGAGCAUUUAGCUACCUUGAAACAAAUGGCUGGAGAUACAUGCUUGGUCUUUCAGCUGUUCCUGCUGUUGUCCAGUUCGUGGGAUUCCUUUUCCUUCCAGAAAGUCCACGGUGGUUGGUACAAAAAGGAAAAACUCAGAAAGCUCGCAGAGUCUUAAGUCAGAUUCGUGGAACUCAAAAUAUUGAUGAAGAGUAUGAGUGCAUCAAAAAUAGCAUUGAGGAGGAGGAAAGAGAAACAGUAGGAGGUGGUACCGUGUUGUGGAAGAUGAUAACCUACCCCCCAACUCGUAGAGCACUGAUAGUUGGAUGUGGAUUGCAACUCAUUCAGCAACUUUCUGGCAUCAACACAGUCAUGUACUACAGUGCUACUAUAUUACAGAUGUCCGGAGUCCAAGAUGACACGUUAGCAAUCUGGUUGGCUGCUGUCACAGCAUUCACAAACUUCAUCUUUACAUUGGUUGGAGUUUGGUUGGUUGAGAAGGUAGGACGCAGAAAGCUCACGCUGGGCAGUCUCACAGGAACAGCAUUGAGCCUUGUGAUUCUAGCAAUUGGGUUUUUGUUAUCAGCCCGGGCUUCUCCAUCAAUAACUCUCUAUCCCAAAGACCCUUCGGGCCGUAAUGGCAGCUGUGCUCAAUACAAAUCUUGCAAUAAUUGUAUGUUGGACCCAAACUGUGGCUUUUGUUUCAAAAUGGAAAGUCCAAAUGUUACCGAGUCAUCCUGUGUCCCUGUAAGCAACAGAUCUGAGGGAAUGGCUGCCUGGGGCAGAUGCAGUAAUGCUUCAGAAUUUAAGAAAGAAGGCUUAUCUUGGGCAUACAACUUCUGCCCUACAGUAUAUUCUUGGACUGCGUUACUGGGUCUUAUCCUAUACCUUGUCUUUUUCGCUCCAGGAAUGGGUUCAAUGCCUUGGACAGUGAAUUCUGAAAUAUAUCCGAUGUGGGCACGAAGUACAGGAAACGCCUGUUCUUCUGGAGUCAACUGGAUUUUCAAUGUCCUUGUGUCAGUGUCAUUUUUGCAUUUGGCAGAACAUCUAACAUAUUACGGUAGGAAUGAAUGGUAUUUUAGAACAUUUUUCUAA